CGAAGCACGCAGGGCGAUUCAGAACACUGACUUAUAAAGUAUAGUUGACCCACUGAAUAAUGAUUGCUCUUAGGUUAUUUAAACUAUACAAUAUCAAUGGGACUUCUCAAAGAAACUCGAAUCCACUUAAAAGGGUUUAUUUAUAAGCGCGAUGCACCACCCAGAUAAUAACGCUUCCUAAACGUCCAGACUGGCACGCUCGGGACAGUUCCUAGUUAUGAUAUUCAAACUGCACGUACACCACAGUAAACAGUGCUGUACAAAAACAUGUGGCAGUGAGAAGGUUGUACCGGGUAGAGACACGCGGAGUCUGAGAGGUGUACGGUUGACAAGUCAACAGAUAUAGUAGUCGGGCGUACACGUACACAGCUGGCAGAAACGAAACCGCAAACCGAUCUGAACUUGUAUACAUGUGUGCUUCAUGCUAGAGUUGUUACGUACAAUAUUGUUGAAGGUUGUUAACAGGUCUGAAAUCUGUCGAUCAGGUUAAAGAAAAAAAAAGAAAAAAAAGGAAGAAGAAAAAGCAAAAAAAAUAAAUGGAAAAAGGAAAAGCAAAAAGGAUAAAGAAGAAAUGACAAUGCAGUAAUUAUGAAUGCAGUGGAGCGCAGAUCCCUAUAGAAACGAAUCAACACGGACAUGACUUGCUGUGUGUGUUAAGUUGCUGUCAUUUAAUAACAAAUUGAUCGUUCAGCUCAGCGGAUUCAUCUGGUAAUUAUAGGCGAGGUAUUACACGAUGGAGAUUACCAUACCUAUGAUCGUGUUUUCUGUUCAUAUUCGAUACUCGGUUAUGUAUGACAAAAUGUCGAGUGGUUAAUGGAAACAACGUGUUAUCUUAUUUACAGAAUCGAAUGGUUUUCACAGACGCUGGAGCCAGCUUCGCGAAUGUGGCAGUAGUUUGUAUACAAAAUAUACGAACUGGUGUACAACUGAAGCAUGCGUAACAAACGCAUUCAGAACUCCAAGGCGAUUACGUAAACCACGAAUCGAUACCCAGUCAAGCUCGACUCCAGAUUAACAGGUUAUCCGCCAAUCACUGCGGAAGAAAUAGCUUUAACAUUACUGUGUCACUCUACUGUAGUGUUUUUAGAAUUGCAAUAUUUAGAAGUUGGUAUAACUUGGCUCUGUUAUGUGUACAACUGGACGUCUAAUUAAAGAAGAAAAUGGGAUGCAUCUUUCACUUGUCAAAGAGUACAUAAUAAUUUUAGUAAUCAAUGUUGCUGUUAAAUCUAUUCCAGUGUGACGUUUUGUUUUAACUAUUAACGUGGAAUGUAUAACGCAGAAUGUUUUCUUUGACAAUUCAUACAUAUUUGCCAGUUGCUCGUUUGGUUUGAAGCAACCGAGUUUGAACGAUGAACAUCAAUUCAACACCUGCCCCUCCACCCAACAACGCCAUUGUUCCCGACAUCUACAACCGUCUGGAUGCAGGCGCAAUAGAAAGGACAAGAGUUGCUAACACUCAGUUGGAUGUGCGGUUCCGAAUUCAAGAGCGGGUUCUCAACAAAUAUAAACAGGCUGCCGAGCGCGUGUACCGGAAUGAGGCUUCCAAAGUGCGAGAAGAACUCGGCAGAAUCACAUCUAGUCUUCCAGCAGUCAGACACAUGAGGAAUCUAACAAUGGACAGCAUUAGGCAAAAGAGCAAAAGUACCACACCGCGAAGAACAAAUUCCCUCUACGAGGAAAAACUGGACAUGCCGUUUUGUGAACGACAUUUUAUUCACCAUCUUCCCACGAAGAAAAAGUAUUACAAGAAGAUGCGAUCUGCUUCUUUCAUUCCGGUGCCGAUCAAAACAGCAAUUCAAGAGGAAACCAUCAUCCCCGAAAACGGCGAAGUCACAAUUUCCGCGGAGGUUAAAAAUCCUGGGACAUACAUCAACACGUCAGUGCGCCAGGAAGCAUCCGAGGAUAAGUUUAACAAAUUUAUUGACGCUAACAGACCAAUAUCCAGGUAAUACCCAUGUGUUUGGUAAGACACUAUAUAUAUAUAUAUUUUUUUGUUGUUGUUAAAUUGCUAAAUAUUUUUAAAACCAUCACAGAAAGAAGCACAACCACUGACUUUGAGCUUUGUGUUGGAUUACUUUAAAAGUAUGAAAAUACAUAAUAUUGUAAAAAAAAAAUUGCUUUAAAUCACGAAUAUUUUGCAGUUGUCAACUGUAAUUAACAGAAGAAACUUUGAUAUCAUCCAUUACGAUAUUCGAACAGACUGUAACUUGGAUAUGAGUUCUACUGCUUGUCAGCUUUAUUGUUGAUGGAUAUUAAAGCAUCAUGACUUUCCUGGUAUGUCAUUAUAAGUCAAUUUGUAAUGGUGCCUGAACGUAUCAUAUAUGGACAUGCUAUAUAUCGUGUUAGUCACGUUACUUUUAUUUAUAUUGUUGUUAUUGUUAUUAUUUGAUUAACGUUCGGUGUUAAACGAACUUUAAUAUACAGCACAUGAUUUGAAUA